UGGCAAAUCUUGCCACCCAUUCACACUUCCCCAAAAAAUUACUUUCCUGCCACUGUCUUGGAUCGGACACAAAUCUUGAAAUCAUACCCAUUGUUGCUGCUAAAGCUUUUACCCAUUGAAUCUUUUUCAAAGGUAGCACCUUUUUAGGUUCUUGAUACCUUACUGUAUUAACAAUCACACAGAUUCACAGUAUAUAUAUACCAUCAAAUCAAGUUAAUCUCUUUAAGAGGAAUAAAUAAUUAUGAUUUCAUCUGAUAGUAUUAGAGAAAGAGGGAGAAGAAAAAGAGAUGGUGAUAGUGAUGUGAUGAGGAAAUUGUUGUUAGGGUUAGGGUUCUUGGUGCAAGGAUUUAGGUGUUUCCCAUGGAUGGCAGUUAAUUUUUUCCUUAAAGAUGGGCUUAAAGUGGACCCUUCUACACUUCAGAUCCUUCAGAGUUCUGCUAAUUUACCUAUGGUGGCUAAGCCCUUUUAUGGAAUUAUAUCUGAUUCUUUUUACAUUUUUGGACAGCACCGUGUUCCUUACAUUGCCAUUGGAGCUUUUUUGCAGGCAAUGUCAUGGAUUGCUAUAUUCCUCUCCCCUUCAAAUAUUUCCUUUUUCACGAUCACUCUGUAUCUUCUGCUUGGGAACUUGGGUGCUUCAAUAGUUGAGGUUGCCAACGAUGCCAUGGUUGCGGAGUUAGGAAAACCACCUAUAUCUUCAUCCAAAAAUAGCCAACAAUCUUCGUCAGGCCAGCUCCAGUCAUUUGUUUGGAUUGCCUCUUCUGUUGGUGGAGUUCUUGGUAACCUUGCUGGUGGUAUUGCCAUUGAUCGUUUUUCCCCUCAAGUGAUGUUCCUUAUGUUUGGCAUUCUCUUAAGUAUUCAAUUUCUGGUUACAAGUUUUAUUCACGAGAGCUCCUUGGACCUUCCCAAGAGUCCAUCGAAUCGAGGUAUCAAAAAGCAACUUUCAGAGCUUCUAGUUGCAUUGCAGAAACCGGAGAUCUAUUAUUCCAUUACCUGGUUUGCAGCUUCUCAUGCAAUGAUUCCAGCACUUACAGGGACGAUGUUCUAUUACCAGACACAACAUUUAGGAAUUGAAUCAUCAGUGUUGGGUAUAUCUAAAGUGUUUGGGCAGGCUGGAAUGCUGUUGUGGGGUAUAAUCUACAACAAGAACCUCAAAUCAAUGUCUCCUAGGAAGCUAAUCGUAGCAAUUCAGGCUACUAUGGCUGUUUUCAUGUUUUCGGAUUUCUUAUUCGUGAAAGGUGUAUACAGGACGUUCGGUGUUCCUGACUCAUUAUAUGUGGUGCUCUUCUCCGGAUUACUGGAGGUUCUUUACUUCUUUAAGAUCUUACCAUUCUCUGUUGUUAUGGCCCAGCUUUGCCCCCCGGGAUGUGAAGGAUCUGUAAUGGCAUUUAUCAUGUCUGCCUUAGCUCUAGCUAUUAUUAUAAGUGGUUAUCUUGGUGUCGCGCUGUCAUCGUUUGUCCAGGUGACAGGGAACGACUUCUCAGGCCUACAACAUGCCCUGUUAAUACAGGCCGUAUGUACAUUGUUGCCGCUUUAUUGGUCAUCGUGCAUACCUGAUGGUAAUGUCAAGCCUAAAACCAAACCAAAAGAAGGUUGAUCAGCUGUAAAAGUGAGUGACAGUCAAUUCAGCUCAGCAGUAGUUCAAACUUACCUUCCCCUCGGCCUUCUCCAACUUGUUACGACUAUAGUUAUCGUUCCAGAAGGAUCUCAUUCGAAAAUUUGGGAGGAAAUUCACUUUAUAAUACAUAUAGAGUUUACGUAGAGUUUACAUACGUGAAUACCUUAUAGUUUAGGUUUUUGGUUAGUGCUAUUCAAACUUCAAAGUUUAGCGUUGUGUGUCUUGUAUUAGCGUUCAUUAUUUAAUAAUUUAAUUGUUUGUGGUUUUAGCUACAAUUGGCCUCGUUGUUAAUCUAGUUUUCAGUUCAAAUAAAUUCUGUACACUUUUUGAGA